AUGUAUCAUCUUGUCCUGGGUGCCGCUCUGCUGUCUUCUUGUACAGGUAAAUCCUCGGUAUAUGGUGCACCCGAGACAAUCUUUGCCUUUGCUGGUGGGGACGUCAUCUUGCCCUGCAGCUUCGAUAUCACUGCCAUCAAUGACUUUCCAACAAUCGAGUGGUCCAAAGAGGGUCUGCAUCCAAAUGUCAUCUUCCUGUAUCGGGAUGGCUGCGAGACAUAUGAGAUGAAGAAUCGGGCCUUUGAGUACAGGACAAGCUUCGUCACCAAAGAACUGAAAAAUGGAAACAUUUCAUUAAGGAUCUCCAAUGUGCAACUGUCUGAUGCAGGAAAAUAUCAAUGUAUGAGACUGUGGAACAACCCUAACACCCGAGACAUUACGACACUGGAGCUGGUUGUUGGGGCGUCGUCUGAGCCGAAACUCUCAGUAGUUUCAGCUCAAAGUGGAGGAGUGACUCUUCAAUGUGAGGCAAACUGCUGGCUGCCGCAACCAGAGAUAACGUUUCUGGAUGAUCAGGGAAACGACAUUAGUGCUGAGGAGCCAAAAAGAGAUCAAAACCACACCGGAUGUUACAGUGUGAGAAGGAGAGUGACUGUGCAGACUGCUACCAACAGAGUCACCUGCAGAGUUCACCAGCCAAAUACCAGCCACACCAGGAUCACAGAGAUCCUCAUACCAGCUGACUGCCUGAGGUCCUGCACUCUAAUCAUUGGCGCCGCUGUCGGAGUGACCAUUUUAGUGACAAUGUUAUUGUGUGGAUCAGCUGUUCUUAUAUGGGAGAGAUGUCGCAAAUCUGCGGAGAGCCAAAAACCACCCAUGUCCAGACAGGAGUCAGAUGAAAGUAGGAUUACCCUUUCGGAGAGUCGGUUGCUCCUGAAGAAGGGGGACAUAGCGGACAACAAUGUAAACGACACCACUGAGCAACUGAGAAGGAAAGUUGCUGACCUCAAAUCAAAGCUUUGUGAGCAAGACAAAAUCAUCCUCAAACUACAGAAUGAGCCCAAAACUAGGUUGAGUUCUGUCGUAUGCCAGCUCAGCCAGUCAACUAUUCUCUGCAGUCCUUCCAAAUCCUCACUGGAUGCCUCAAAAGUCCUCAGUCCAUCCUCUGACCUCGGCCCUGAAGCCAUAAACGUACCUGUUGACAACAAUCCAAAACCAAUGGCCUCAACCAACAGAAACCCUCCAAAUUCUGGCAAGUUUCCCCUGAACGAGGUAGCAAAACGUGGAAUCUCGAGGCAGAAUAGCAAUCCAACGCCUGGCUAUCCGUUCCAAAGAAAGCAUCGCAAUAACAGCAGCCCAGAUAUUUUUAACUGCACAUUGUCCAGUUCCUCUUCUGCCAGCACGUCAAAGACAAUGUUAGGAGCUAAUGAACAUUCAAAUAGUGAGUCUAGUAGAGCACCACGUCCAAACGCUCCAAGGCUUCAGCGGAGACUAUCCUCCAGUAACCGCUUCUUUCUACUGACGCAUGUGACCGAAGAAGCAGAGAUGUUGGUGUCAUAA